GCCAUAGUGAUCUCCAAAAGAAAAACAAUCAGUGUAAUCAAUUUUCGAUUACACUUACUAAGGUGUAAUUAAUCAUUUUUGUGUUACAAAAUGCGAUCAUUGAUCGUUUAACACGUGCACAAGUGUGAAGAAACACAAUGGAGAGUUUCCAAGGAAAAAAACAAAAAUCGGAAGAAGUAACAGGUAUUUCGAGGAGUGGACGAGUCCGGAAGAAGUCUUCAAAGUUGAUGGAUUUUGAGUCGCCUGAUGAAAUCGACCGUUCGUAUAACAAGCGACAAAGUGGCUUGGGACGAAAGUCAGAGUUUGAUGUACAACCACCUAGGAAACUACCGAGACCUGAAGAUGUUUUUAUUAAGUCAGAACAUGGUUUUGAAAAUUAUGAUAUGGAUCCAAGCGAUUCAGAGUACGAGAGCGAAUACGAAUUACCUGCCAAUACUGAGUCAAGUAUAGAUUCCGUCGAUACAGACAGUGAGUUUGAUGAGCAAGAAACCGGAGGGUUUAAGAGGUUGGAUACCGAUACCUCCAAGAAACGCUUACUCAUCAAAGAUGGCAGAAUUAUUAAAACAGAGAAGCACCCCAAUAAAGCAACUGGAAAAGUCGCCCCAAAGUCAACUGGUAAAAAGACCCCCAUUUCUAAAACUUCUCCCGGAAGUUUGUCGUACGAUACGUCCAGUAUUUCUCCCCCUAGUCCUAGAGGUAAAGAUUCGUCGUAUAAAGUUAGCGGAAUUAAACCGAUAGAUGUCGCUGCACAUUUAAAAUUGUUAGGAGAAAGUCUCACGAUUAUUGGAGAGAGACUGAAGGAGCACGAAGGUCAAAUUGCCGUUUCUGGGAGCUUAUCUGUGCUCCUAGAUUCUCUUCUAUGUGCCCUUGGACCAUUGCUGUGUCUUUCACAACAAAUACCAGAAUUACAAGAAAAUUGUUGUAGUCCUGAACAGUUGAUGAGCACCUUGGACAACGUUGCUUUCAUUAUGCCAGGACUCUAGAUUAGUAAUGUUACCUUAUUGUGUUGUUGUAACAGUAAUUUACCCAAUAAAGUUAUAACAUAAC